CACCCAGCUCAGUAUUGUCUUCAUUAGCUGGCAGCGCUUCUCCAAUUCCUUCCUUCCUAGAGAUGCCAAAGAGUGAAGCUGGGACCUUCUUCUGCCUGCACGCAGAUGCUCUACCACUGAGCUACGGGCCCCAUCCCCCUACGGAGAAUAAUCUUACAGCAGACAGCGAACAAACAUCAUCAUCCAUGCACAUGGAAACCAGACCCUGCUUAGCAAAGAAAGCAAUGCAUGCUCGCCAUCGCAGAACCAACUCUCCUCCCCAAUCGGAGUUCUCUCUCCAUAGAGAGAGGUGGCGGUGAGGGGGAGAAAGAACUCGAUUGCAGACCAGAAAUGCCAGCAAGGGGCUGCUGUGCUGGAAUUAUCGCAAUACCCCCACCUCCACCCCCGCCAGGUGCGGUCAACAUCAACUUCCAGUGGAAACCCAGAAAUGUAAAGGGCUGGAUGCGACUGUGAGUCUAGGCUGCGUCUCUUUGCUAUGCAACGGAACUGGGUCGCGAGCGCUGCGGGCUCCCCGAGACUAACGUUCGGGUUCUUCAUUCGAAGCGAGCUGUUUUGCGAUUGGUUGGCGGCGGUAGAGCGGCUACUUCCAACCGGACAGAAGCCCGCGAGUGGCAAUGGCCUCCUUGGUGGCCUUCCAGCAGCUACGCGAGCUGAUCGAGACGCAGGAGGUUCAGUUGGACAGGCUGAGGCGACAGAUAGCAAAACUGGAGGAGAACACAGUAAGCAGGGUGGAAUAUGAGGAAAUUGUGAAUAAACUAAAGAAGGAAGAGGAAGAACAUACGAAGACCAAGAGUAACCUAGCUGCGGAAUCUGAACAGCUGGAGUUUGCACUUGGGGAGAUUGAUGUUCUCUCAAAGCAACUUGAGAGGGAGAAACAAGCAUUUGACAGCACACUUUCCCGUGUAAAUAGCAAGGUGCUAAAGCAAUCGAUCCAAAAAGACAAGCUGAUAAGCAAAUGCACUGAAAUUGAGACUCAUAUUCAAAAACAGGAAGACGUUCUAAACCACAAAGAGAAUGAGAUCAAGGAGCUGCAGCACUACAUCAACAAGCAGAAGCAAACCCUAAAAAAACAAGCAUCUGACUUCAAGAUACAGAAACAACAGGAAUGUUACAUAGCAAAUGUGCUUGGAAAAAAGAACAAGGAUUUUAAGUAAUCUUAACAGCAUUCCAUUAAGUGACCUGAUUCUAUUAUAACCCCCAUAGGAGAAAAAAAGGGUGUCUUCCCACCAAGAAAUUACACUGUCUGCUAUAAACAUUCCCGUGAACCAAGCAGAAAGAGAAGCUUUCCAUCCCUCCACCCAACCAAUCUUGAACACAUACAUUUUUCUGGAAGUACAAGUGGACAAAGACUGCAGAAUUGAGUUUCCAACAUUUAGUCAUGGGGCUUAGCUUUUUCACCUUAAGAGCAUUGGUAUGCAAGGUAGUCAACAUCUUAAUGCUUAGUGUUUGUGCAUCUUCCUAAAUCACUACUAGACAGUGUUCUAAUCCAAGGUCUGGGUCUGUUUGGAAGAUAGUUUUCAGGUCAUUCCUACUUGAACUCUUAUUUACAACUAAUAUUUACCUCUCCCGAUAGGCAAAUGCAUUAUUUGUACCCACAUUAACAGAACAAACCAUAUGCAAUUCUUUAAGUUAUAUAUGUUUUAUUCCCAUAGACUUGUCCAUCACAGUAUUUUAUGCUUGGUUUUCUACUUUUUCCCCUUAGCUGUGUGGAGUGUGCACUAAAGACAGAGGUUCUAACCUGUUUCUUUGUACCUAAAUCAGUUUCUCUCCACAUUUCUCUUACUAGUGAUAGUAAGAGAAAUGGUAGUAGAUGUAUCUGCUAGUAGAUGUAUCCACCCAUAUUCCAGGUUGUUGUCAUGUGCUUUUGUUUUUAUUGUUGUAACUUGGUCUUGUCCUUCAAAUCAAUUCAGAAUGCCUCUGAUAAAAUCAUAUUUUAAAAACA